UCAUCAAACAUAGGAGUGGGCAUAAACACCGGAAAAUCGAAACACCGAACCGAACCGAAAUUUUUCAGAAUUUCGGUUUCGGUAUUCGGUUUAUUUUUUUGUAUUUUCGGUAUUUCGAUUCGGUUUUCGGUACGUAUUACUUUGGAAUUCGGUAUUUCGGUUUAAACCAAAAUAUUAUAUUUUAAUUUAUAAAUUAUAUUAUAUUUAAUAAUUAUUAAUAUUAAAUAAUUUUUUUUUAAAAAAAUAAGAAACCUAAAUCCCUAAUACUUCAUUUUGACUCUUCCUCACUCAACAAAGUCUUCAUCCUCCUCUUCAGCACUCAGCACAGCAGCUUCUGCCAUCUUUUCUCCUCUUCCAGUCUUCCUCUUCUACUCCAGCCAGCCUCCCGCGAGCCGCGACAGCAGGUCAGCAGCAGCCAGCCGCCGGCGACAGCAGGUCAGCAGCAGCCAGCCGCGGCGACAGCAGGUCAGCAGCAGCCAGCCGCCAGCCAGACCAGGUGCAGCUCACAAUAAUCAUCAAUAUGGAUUACAAAGAAGACAAAUCAGAAAUUUCGCGAUCAUCCAUUGAAGAAGUUGAUGUACAUAAAGAAACAAAGUCGAAAGAAGUUAACAAUGAUCAAGUAAUUGUUGAUUCACCGAAGAUUGUAACAAUCAGAAGUGAUGAAAAUACAAAUGCAGAGCAAGUUAAAGACGAAGAAAAAAACAAUAAUGAUGAUCCACCAAAGAUGGUAACAAUCGAAAGUGAGGAGAAUAGAGAUGCAGAAUUAGUAAAGAUAAAUCAAAUUGAAAAAGAGACAAAAUGCCGGCCAAUAGCAUUUCUAUUGGGACUUCCAUUUGCCUUAAUCUCUCUCAUCAUCGCUUUUAUUGGAGGAAUUAUCUGGAUUAUCGGGUUGAUUUUGACUUGCAUAUGCCCCUGUUGCUUUUGUGUGACUGUGUUGGUAGAAAUGGCACUUGGUCUGGUGAAUGCUCCUUUUCAACUCUUCCACUAUAUGACUGAUAAAAUACCUUUCUGAUCAAUUAAUUAAGACCCUUCCAUAUGGGAUUAAUUAAAAUGAAGAUUACUCAAUUUUGUACAUAACAAGAAAAAAAUAUGUGUUUUAUAUAUUUGUCGUGUCUUCAAAAAAAAUUUCUUCUUUUGAUGGUUCUCUUUGGUCUCUUCAAGUGUACUACAUCCAAUAAUUUGCUUGGUUAGUUUUGUUCUUAAUUUUGAUACAAGUUUAGACUAUUAAUGUAUAUCUCAUGUGUAUUUAUAUUGUGCUCAUAAUUAUUCAACGUAACUACGUAA